AUGUUAGACGAAAAAUAGCUUUUUUAAAUAAAACAUAUGAGUUUAGGUGAAAUAUAAGAUGGACAUUUUUAAGAAUAUAAUUAAAAAAUUAAAUUAAUAAACAGUAAUGAUAGUAGUAUUGUAAUAAAUAAAGGAUAAAAAAAAAUUUUUAGUAUAGAAAUAGAUAAAAUUGUUGAUUAAACCCCAGAAAUAAUUGACAGUUGCUGCAAUAUUUGCCUAAAAAUAUGCUCAUAAAUGUUUGAAUGCUCAAAUUGCUUAACUAUGUAUUGCUAUAAUUGCUCUAUUUUAUUAUAGGAAGCAAGCUAAAAUUGCUUUUACUGCAAAAACGUACUUAAAUUGUAAAACACUAUAAAAAACUUAUAAACUUUAAUAAAUGAGUCAAAAUAUUAAUGUACUUAUUACUUAAAUGGAUGUAGAGAGAUUUCUACUCUUAAUAAUCUAUAGACCCAUGAAAAUUAGUGCACUUAUAAAACAUAAGUAAAAAUAGAGGAAGCUGACUUGAAAAAAUAAGAAGAAUGUCCUUAAUAGUUAAAAGAGUAAAAUAAAGUUAAAAUAAUCAAAAAAGAAAUCUAAAAACCUACAAGAAUUUAACCUUAAAGAAACAAAAGAAAAAAGAAUUUUUUCUAUGAUGAUUAUUGA